CAUCAAAAUUAAGCCCCGUUAUUCAGCUGUUCCUAGCAGCAAAAUUAAGCUCCAUAGCCCAAGCACUGAUGUCUUUGUCACAGCUGCUCCCGGAUCCCGGUGCUCUGAUGGUCACGACCGUUCUCCACCCCCUGUGUAUAAAAUAUCCCCCCUCCACCAAGUACAGAAGAUGCUUUCUAACUGAACUCAUCAAAAAGCAUGAAUCCACAGCAGCUGAACCCUUGGAUGAACUGUACGAUACGCUGGCAGAUAUUUUAAAUGAAGAAGAAUCUACUCACUGUUACAAAAACUAUUUACUGCCCAUGGGAGAAGCUGUCACCCUGUCUGAGAGCGUGGCAAUUAUCUCUGGAGGCACCACGGGGCUCGUCACAUGGGACGCUGCUCUUCAUCUCGCUGAAUGGGCAAUACAGAACUCAGCAGUCUUCAGGCACAGGACAGUCUUGGAACUAGGAAGUGGGAUUGGCUUCACUGGAAUUGCAAUCUGUAAAACCUGCAAUCCCAAGACAUACAUUUUUAGUGACUGCCACCCCUGUGUUCUUAAACGGCUGACAGAAAACAUCCGCUUGAAUGGCUUUGAGCCUGUAACUCAUCCUAUCCAAGCAGAGUCCCAAGGCCAGGAGGCAGAAGCAACAAAUCACCAACACCCAAACCUAGUUGUUGCAGAACUUGACUGGGGCUCAGUUACAGAAAAGCAGCUGUUGGAUCUCCAACCUGAGGUCGUCAUUGCAGCAGAUGUGGUCUAUGAUCCAGAGAUAAUUUUAGCCCUUAUUGGUAUGCUACGAAAACUCUCCAUGUUCACAGCAGACAGAAAACCCCCUGAGGUCUACAUUGCUUCCAGCAUUCGCAAUCCAGACACGUAUCACCUCUUCCAGGCUGAACUUGAUAAAGUUGGGAUCAGAUGGCAGGUAUUUCCAGCCCACAGCAACAGCAUUUUUAUCUAUGAUGUGCAGCCAAACGUAACUCUUCUACAGCUAUUUAUAUAG